AUAUCUCUCACCUGUUUUUUUUCUCGUCUCAUUUCCUCUUUUCUUUUCAGUCCUGUUUUCUUUCUAAGCCUCACUCCUCAUUCUUGCCAUGUUGUUAGCCUCAUUAUCGCCUCUACUUAUCUAACGUUCACCUCUCCCCUGCACUCCCUUUGCUUUGUAUUGUUGCAGAUUGUCUGAUUGUGCCUCUCUUUCUUCCACAGUCCAAAUGAAGUGGCAGAAGAAGACAUUUCUGGUCCUCACAGUCAUCUGCACUGUUAGUCUUCUGCUGCACCAUGGGGGCCACUUCACCUGGAACAUGGAGGCCUUCCACUCUAGCUACUCUCACCAGUCCACAGGCACAAAGCCUAAACACACCAACAUUGUCUUCCUGAAGACCCACAAGACAGCCAGCACCACCAUGCAGAACAUCCUGUUUCGUUUUGCCGAGCGCAACAACUUGACGGUGGCAUUGCCAGUGCAAGCGUGUGGCCAUCAGUUCUGCUAUCCACGUUCCUUCUCCUCUCACUUCGUCCAUCUGCACACGCUGCGACCAAACCUGAUCACCAACCACAUGCGUUUUAAUAAGACCGCAUUGCAGCGCCUCAUGCCAAAUGAUACAAUAUAUAUUACAAUCCUGAGAGAGCCAGCCUCCAUGUUUGAAUCCUUGUUUACGUACUACAGCCGACACUGUAUGAGCUUCAGGAGGGUCCCGAAUGGCUCUUUGGAAGCUUUUUUGGCAGAGCCCUUACGUUACUACCGGCCAGAAGAGACAGAGUCCAUGUAUGCUCGUAACACCUUGACGUUUGACUUGGGUGGAGACAAAGAUCAUCCACUAAAAGACUUGUCUUAUGUAAAAAACUUUGUUGCAGAGGUUGAGAAAGUGUUCUCCCUAGUGAUGAUUUCUGAGUACUUCGAUGAAUCGCUUAUUCUUCUUCGCCAUCUUCUUUCUUGGGAUUUGGAGGACAUCCUGUAUGUCAAGCUAAAUAUGCGAACGGAAAGUUCCAAGAAGAGACUGUCUCCGGGACUUCCUGAAAAGAUCCGUGCCUGGAAUUCCAUAGACGCUUACCUUUAUGACUACUUUAAUGCUUCAUUUUGGGUCAAACUGUCAGAAUUGGGUCUAGACUCUGUGGCGAAAGAGGUCCAACUUCUUCGUCAGGCCCAAGAGAGGCUGAUGAGAAGUUGUUUUGGUGGGAAAACGCCACUUCCACGUGCAGCUGCAGAGAUCAAAAACAAGGAUCUCCGUCCAUGGCAGCCCAGCGACAAAGUUGACAUCGUCGGCUAUGACCUCCCUGUUAAUUUAAGCCAAGAGGCGCAGGAGCACUGCCUCAAGUACAUAAUGCCAGAGAUCUCAUACACUCGCAUCCUUCUUCAUUCGCAGUCCCUUCGACACCGUCGAAAUUAUCAGAAUCGACCUCCGCAGAAGUCACACACCCUCCAACAGCACAUCCGCACAACCCUGCCUCGGCAUUCUCAGGUCCAUCGCAACCCGCCAGCACCUUCUGUUGUUCAGAGCGCUGCCUCAGGAACAGAGUCCAGAUCCACCCCAAAGCAGAGUGAAGGAACUACAAAGCUAGGGCUUUAAUCCUCAAGUGAAACGUGAAUAUCUUAUUAGUGCCCAUUAGACUGCACCCUUCUACUCAUCCUGAUUCUAAACAAGUGACACUCAGACAAUAAACCGCUUUGGGAACCAAAAUUGUACUUUAGAAAGCAAAGUGAAUAGGGUCUCCUCUUCUCUCCUUCUCUCUAUCCUUCUUAUAAUGAUUAAAGAAGAAAAGGUUAACAUCAUCUGGACUUUAACCAUAUUUCCCUCCUCCCUUUGGUGUAAGGAGCAGCAAAAGUGAUGGGAAACGGGAAAAAAAACAGGGCGGACUAACCUGGAGCUAGACUCUCUGCUGACAACAGCCGGCUGCAGCAGGUUUUAUGUGAAAGUGGCUGUUUGAAGGAAAUCAAUUGAUGUUAGUCCUGAAACCAGUGACAAGCUAGUGAUAUAAUCUCUGUUGUAAGGCACAGAGUGUGCUUUGUGUAAGUUGGACUGUUUCAGUAUCAUAUUACUUAGCGUUAUUUUCCCUUUCUGGAGCUCUGGUUUCCUUGCUUUCUAAUUAGCAUACACGCUACUUUAAGACGUUCAGACACACAAUGACACUCAUGGAUCAGCUGACUGGCCUCCAAAGACCCACGCUGAGUUCUCCUCCCUAACUUUUCUUCUCCUUUGCACAGUCUGAAACCUAAGACAGCAGAGGGAACAGGUCUGAUUGGCGUUGCACGAAGGGAGGGUCUAACAAUGUUUGGAGAUUCUAAAUUUUGGCCACCUAUUAUUUCUACGACUCCCAUAGAGAACGAGCUUAUAUAUGGUGUAAAACCUGUUCCUCCCUAGCCUAUGACUUCUCUUGUUACCCCGUGGUAUGCUCUUGCUCCAUGUCAUAGCCAUCCACUCUUGCUGUUAUACUGUCCAUCUACACAGAAGCGCCAACAUCUUGGUGUUAUGCUGCCCAUUUCUGCUUCUGCUCUAACUGCUGUUGGCCGUCUUGUCUUCCUAACACGUCCUGUGGAAGACAAGGUUUCAUCAGUGGAGACUAACGUUUAAACAUGGCUGUUAUCGCGAUAACAUUCAUGGUCUUUAGAUAGUAAGGGAAUGGAUUCAAUAAUCAUGCCAGAACUUCUUUGCUCCACAUGAAAUCUAUAUGGCAAUGGCACAGGACAAAGACGCAAGGACUCUGGGUCGCAGGGUUUGAAUAUUUAAUCAUCUCUUCCCACGGCACCUCCUAUGGCAAAUGCUCUAAGGUUACAUACCUGCACAUUUUCAUUAGGGGCAUGCUUGGUCAAUGGAGAACUGCUCGUUCCGAACUGAACUUGAAAUUUAGACGUGUAAAUCUAGAGCGAAAGUAAGCUCAAAGCCCACUAAGGCAGGCUGAACCUGCUGGGAUGAGGAACUGUAAACCCUUGUUCAUUAGAACUAAUUUCUGCUCUUAUUUAAACUGUAAUUACAUUGUGGUAUGGUAAUUGAAUAUGUGUCUUGAAAGCUAAGUUAUGAUGAUUUUGUUUUUGAGAAAAUGUAAGCGCUGCACAUGUGAGUGAGGGAAUGACUCACGAUGCCUCAUGUUGAAAGAGCAGCAACAGCUGUCUGAAUAGGGAGUCUGUGUGUGUAUGUUUGUGUGUGUGUGUGUGUGUAUGUGUGUGUAUGUGCAUGUCACAAUGGCAAACAUGAUUGUGAAGAAAAUAAGGGGUAAUAUGUACAACCACAAAACCAGCUUUGAGCCAUUUUGGUGUUUUUUAAUGUGUCUGUGAGUGUUUUCUUUCUAAACAAUGUAAGUCAAUGAUGCAGUCACCAAAUCUAGAAUGGAAACUAAAGCCAAGCCCAAAAUUAUUCAUACUCCUAUGAAGUAUGAAAAGUGUUUUUCUGACAAUACAGUAGUCAAACCCUUGCUGACCAGCUUUUUACAAGUUUCUGCUGGUAUUUUGGCUAUUUCUCUUCUGUGAUGUUCUCCAAAGUCUUUGAGGUUGGAAGGCCACCUUGCCAUCACCCUAAUCUUUAGCUUCAUCUAAAGAGUUGAAUCAGAUUCAAGUUGGGACUCUGGUUAGGCCGCUCCAAAACAUUUAUUUCACUUUCAGUCACAAAAAACUUGUUGGUAUGAAUAGUUUUGGGCUCAAAUGAAGAAUGGCAUAAGGAAGGGUCACACAUUUAAAUAUGAAGAAAUGCAAUGCAGCUGGAAAACAAGCUGAAAUACAUCCGUCACUCAACAAGUAUUUUGGCAAACUACCACACUGGUCGGAUCCUAUGUAAACGUUGCAAAAACAUGUUCUGUGCAAGUUUGUUAAAGCUACAAUAUGUCUUAUUUAUUAUCUGGGAUUUAAUAUCCCUAGUGCUGUGCUGUAUUUUCACCUAUCAUUUGUGGCAAGGAAAGGUUGCAUUUCCAUCUCAUUAUCAUCAUGUCUACUGCAAACCUCAGGCAGUGCAGGAGGAAUAAGACAUAUGGCAGCAAUAUGAAAUAUUCAUUUUCUACACAUUUGACACGGUGUACAGCAACAAAGGUCACUUCUGAAGCGCCAGUGUGCUCGAUCACCCAAUAUUGCUUUUUGUUUGAGUCUAUUGUACCAUAGCAUACAAAAAGAAAAGCACACACACAGUUACAUGGACAUGAAUGAAGCAUUGUAAAUUAAAUCUCGAAGAGGGUGUGGGUAUUUCAAACCGAGCUUCAAUAUACUAGAAGACCUCAGCUUUAAAGUCUUUAAAAUACACUGAAAAUAUAUUUGUUUUCCUGUUUUUAUUCAAAGUCAUUUUACAUUUGAGAAAGAAAUGUGUUGUAAUUCUUGGAGGUGCAUAACACUGUAAUAACAGGAUGAGGCUGGGUCGGCUUUAUUUGAACAAAUCCCACCAAAGAUGCAUUUUAGGAUCAGCUCAUUUUCACAUAGGUACUGAAAUGAUAUUUGUUUGAAAAUGCAUAAAUUAUUAAUUAUCUUUGAAAGCGGCUUGCAGCUAAUGGUGAUUUCCUGUUCUUGAAACAUGUUCAAAUCACUCAGUUGUGGGCUAUGUAAAGUGGAAGUGCAUUGCCUUGGUCUGCAUUUGUCGUUAUUGUAGCUCCACAGCUCCUCUUUUACCCCAGUUCUGCGGUUUGUCUGAAAGCAACUUGUUUUGGUGCCGUCUCUUUAAAUCCAAAGGCGGCGCUUCACCCCCCUCCAGGUUGCAGAGUGUUCCUCUUCACCCCAUUUGGCUAUUUUUGUAGGGCGACGGUGUAAUGGAUUGUUUGGGUUAAUACACACAACGACCAAACCUUUUUAACUUAACCACUUGUAGUUUUGGCAUCCUUGAGCUUGAACUACAAAAUUGCAGCAAAAAAUAAAAUGUGUGGCUACCCAAAAUUAGUUAGCCGGAAGUUAAUGACCUUGUUUGGCAGCUCAACAUCAAAUACUCUGACGUUAUUGUUCAAAAAACGUAACAGAGAAUAGAGAAAACCGAACAGAUUAGAUCAUUAUGAUAAUUAUAACAAUCAAAUACGACCCGAUCAGAAUAUGAAGAUAUCUACGAAGCACCUGGAGAGACUAUAUUAAACUUUUUCGCAUUCCUAGAGACUCCAAGUACACAACAAGAUGUAUUUAUAUAUGUUAUAUACUUGAAUCUGUUGUAGAACAACCUUAAACUGAGACCUAAAGAAAAACACGUAAUAAAUUAUGUGCGUAUAACACACACACUCUCCCCUUUAUUCCAUGCUUUAAUUUUAGACAAGAAAAUUAAAAAAAAACAAUUGUGAGCUUAAAGCCCGAACAGAUCUGAGAUGUGAAAGUUGUCAAUUUACAAAAGGAUUAGUGUGAAGCCAGCUAUGUCAUUUAAUGUGUACUGGCUCUGGGAAAGGUACAGUUACCAUUUGAAAAACUAUUUUUGCAGUUUUAUUUUGGUUUUCCUGGUAGAUUUUUUUAUUGCAUAUUGUGUAAUAAAAGUAGUUUUGAUCAUUGUGGGUGCUUCCCGUUUUGUACAAAAAGGUGAAGUUUUGGUACUUUUAUUUUGUGUUUAUUUAAGGGUUUACUGCUGAAACUACUGAAUCAGAUUUGCUGUCAUCUGUAUAAUUUAUAUAGUGAUGAAUUUAACCAAACCGGACCAAAGCAGAUAUGUGGAAAUAUUUCUUCUUAUUCUGUCUAACUGCGAUAUAGAUUAAUAACGUAUCUGCUUCUUUUCCAUCUCACCUAUUCCUUAAUGCAAUAUUUCUCCCAGACAGUGAUUUGCUGUGAGUGCUCUUUUGAUUAUAAGAGGCAUUUGCUGCCCUGCUUUUUUGUGGGUGAAUUUCAGUAAUGGUCAGGCCGCCGUGUCUAAAGUGCCCUCUGUUAUUUAAAGAUGUGAAAGGCACUAUAAAAAAAAUUUGCUACACCAAAACCUUAUAUUCACAUCAGCUGCUCCAAUUCCCAUCAAGUUCAUUUUUAUUUUUAUUUUAUUUUUUUUUAGUUCUUACUUUUUUUUUUUUUUUUUAACAUGAAUUGUCUACACCAGAAAAUGUUUGUUUGGUAAUAUAAGAAAUGCAUAUGAAGGUGGAUAAAAGUUUAGAACUGAAGGGUUUUAGAAAACAUCUCAGUUUGCGGACCGUGCCCUUCAUUUUCACUUUAACCUGAGCACUGUUUUUCUCCAUUUACUGUUUUUUUUUAGGAUUUAUCUGUAAAUUAAGUUAUUUUUUUUUUCUGCUUGGGUCAAAAAUUGUGGAUGAAUAAAGGGGCUCGGAAAAGGAAGGAUGAAAAAAAAAAUCAGGAGACAAUCAGAACGUUGGGCCUCAAAGCUCUGUGAUGAUGGAUUGUGAAUGUAAUGAAUAAAGUUUGAACGAUUUCA